AUGAACAACACAUUCAAUGGUGGCGCCAUUUCAGAUCAAGUAGUAAACCAGCAGUGGAGGAUCAUAGGUCCAUCCUCAGCGCAAUGGAGCGACAUAAAGGAGAUUUUCACACAACUAUACAUUGUAGAAAACCGGAAGUUGAAAGAUGUCAGAGAGAUCCUGUCGAAAAGCCAUGGCUUUAAUGCGAGUGAGAAGAUGUUCAAAAGACGUAUCUUCGACUGGAAGAUCCGCAAGAAUUACAAGGCCAAGGAUAAGGAAAUCAUCGCCAAAAAGGUCAAGGCAUGUGUAAGUUCGGGACAAGAUCUUCACUCUCUAUCAUUUCAAGGUCGGCCGGUCAAGUUGGACAGAGUCAAACGCCACUAUCGUACUGAUAAACGAUUUUCUCGAUUGCUGGAGACCUUGUCACACAGCCCUGAAGAGGAUGAUAUAACGAUCGAUGAACCGCCCAUCAAAGAAGACUCCCCUUCAACUGCGACCGGUACGCUAUGCCCGUGGAGAUAUUCUGCCUCAAAUUCCGACCAGGAUGAAAUGUCCCUGCAGUAUGACAACGACCCGAGUAAUGUAACAAUAACCCGACAUUUGAGCCCGCCAACCGACUUUUAUGCCGUUGAGUCCACCCUAUUUCACACUCGAGAUGCUAUUCGAUGGCACUUCACUUCAUUCAAACCCCUCAAGGUGAAAGAACUUGUCCUUCGGUUUCCCAGGACAGUUUCCGAAGAAGUCAGAACAGGUCGUAUUGAUCAAGCUUCCGAGUUUUGGCUUAGUCUCUAUCAUGGACUCCAUCACAUCGAAUCCGGAAACUCGAUGCACGCAUGGAAGGCAUUCGACAAAUGCUGUCAGAUGGUACAGCCUCUCUUAAUGUCGGCCCCGCUUCACCUGUUGUCGUGCGUCCUCCUCCAUUUCGCAACAUCCUGGCAAGGUCUGAAUGAACUGGAGCACCAUCUACUGGACUUUAUCUCCUCAAUGGCGAGUAGCGUCGUCGGAUCUGAACAUCCUCUCGCCCUCGCGUUCGGGAUGAUCGCCACAGCCGAUAUCCGCGACCUCGUAGUAGAAUCGAUCAUGGAUCUGGUGACACAGGGCUACAAGUCCAGACGGAAACUGGAUAAUUCAUCAUUGUUUGCCCUACGAGUCGACCAGAUUGAUAUGCUGCGCAAGCGCAAGAAGUUCCCACAGGCCCUCACGCUUUGCCAGCAGCUCGUCAAGGACAGUCAAACGAUGAGGAAGAAACGCUAUCGAACUGCGCUGGCCACAUUAGGUCGGAUCUUUGCCGAUCAAGGCGAGGAAUAUGGGGUGGAAUCUGUGGCGCACAGGAUCCUCGACAACGAAGCCUCGGACAUGGCAAACGCAAACAGCGGUGGCACGACAGCAUGGGCUUGUGAGCAGCUUGGCUCCUUGAGUCUCAAUCGUGGCGAGUAUGUUGUUGCAGAGGCAUACCUUCGACGCGCCGUGGAAAUGACUGUUCAAAGAUAUCCGAAUCGUGGCCCGUCAAUGGUGUCUCUGACGGAGAGGUUAGCCACGUGUCUACAGUUGCAAGGUAAGCGGACCAAUACUGGAACUCUGAGGGGAAAUGGACAACUCUCUACGGGUUUCUAA